GGAAUGUCCCACCAAGAGCACCAGCCUGUUUGGAUCUACUGGGCAUUGAUCCUCUCCCGUUCUAUCAUUAAAAAAGGAUGGUGACCAUCUCCUUGCAAGCUCAUUUAUCUAACACAGCCCACCUCUUCUCUUGAUGCCCCCCUUUUCACUGCUACCAGCCUUCCCCCCACCACCUUUGAUCUGAAGGCUCCAGGCUGCAGCUUGGUAUAAUUGAUGUUAUAUGUGUUACCAGCAAAUCGUCUGAGAUACAGUGUUUUGCCAACGGUGUGCUCUACAUCCACCAACAUGUCUGCUCCUCUAGGGCCCAGGGGUGGCCCUUUACCUCCUGCCCAGCCACAGGACCUCUUGCCGGAGAUGCCUGACCUCAGCCACCUCACUGAGGAGGAGAGGAAGAUCAUCCUGGCAGUCAUGGACCGUCAGAAGAAGGAAGAGGAGAAAGAGCAGUCUGUACUCAAGGUCAAAGAAGAACAAAAACCACAGCUGACACAGAAAUUGCAUCAGCAGUUCGAAAUGUACAAAGAGCAAGUGAAAAAGAUGGGCGAUGAGGCUCAGCAGCAGCAGGAGCUGAAAAGUGACGCCCCCACAUGUGGAAUCUGCCACAAAACUAAAUUUGCCGAUGGCUGUGGCCACAACUGUUCAUAUUGCCAAACUAAAUUCUGCGCACGCUGUGGAGGUCGAGUGUCAUUGCGUUCAAACAAGGUAAUGUGGGUAUGUAAUUUGUGCCGAAAACAACAAGAAAUCCUCACCAAAUCCGGAGCCUGGUUCUACAAAGGUGGGUCAAACACGCCACAAAAGCCUGGUGAAGAGACCCAACCAGGGCUGCAGAACGAAGAAGCACCUCAGGAGAAAAAGGCAAAGCUACAAGAACAAGCUCAAUACCAGGCACCCUCAGGAGACAUAACACCAGCCACAGACAAGAGCAGACCACAAGGAAUCACAAGGCAGGAUUCCAUUAAAAAUGGUUCUGGAGUAAAGCACCCAAGUGAUCUACCAACAGAAAGGAAAAGAAGUCCAUCAAUAUCCAGAGAACAGAAUCGAAGUUAUGACACGAGGGAUGAUAUAGGUGAACAUUCACAGUAUGCUACAUCAGACAGUGCAAUGCCUAGGUCACCAUCGGAUUACUCUGACCGGCGAUUGCCCCUUGGGCCUCAAAUGUAUGAAGAACAUGAGCAUGGUGACUACAGGAGAAGUCGGCGACGGUCUAAUGAGUAUUUGGUAGAUGAGGAGGAUAUCCAAGAUAGGGAAGAAUAUGAAAGGCAAAGAAGAGAAGAAGAGUAUCAAGCACGAUAUAGAAGUGACCCAAAUUUGGCUAGAUACCCAGUUAAACCACAACCUUAUGAGGAGCAAAUGCGCAUGCAUGCUGAGGUAUCCAGGGCACGGCAUGAAAGAAGACACAGUGAUGUAUCUUUGGCAAACACCGAAUUAGAGGAAUCCCGAAUGUCCAUGUUAAGGCUUGAGCGGCCAUCAAGACAAAGGUCAGCAUCUGAGCGUAGAGCGGCCAUGGAAAGCCAACGUUCUUAUUCUAUAGAAAGAACUAGAGAUGGGCAGGGGCCAAGUCCUGGUCGGCAAAGGACCUCAAAUCAUAGUCCCCCAACACCUAAGAGGAGCCCUAUUCCUAAUGAUAGGCCGGAUAUGAGGCGCACAGAUUCUUUGAGGAAACAGCAUCACUUAGAUCCAAGUUCUGCAGUGAGAAAAACUAAAAGAGAAAAAAUGGAAACUAUGCUAAGGAAUGAUUCACUUAGCUCAGACCAAUCUGAAUCUGUCAGGCCACCACCACCCAAGCCUCAUAAAACAAAAAAGGCUGGUAAAAUGCGUCAGAUUUCACUGAGCAGUUCAGAAGAAGAGUUAGCCUCUACACCGGACUACACAAGCUGCGAUGAUGUGGAAAUUGAAAGUGAAAGUGUUAGUGAGAAAGGGGACAGUCAAAGGGGAAAAAGAAAAACUAGUGAACAGGCAGUUUUGUCGGAUUCUAACACCUUGUCUGAAAGACAAAAGAAAAUGGUGUGCUUUGGAGGCCACUCCUUGGAAGAGGAUUUGGAAUGGUCUGAACCUCAGAUUAAAGACUCUGGGGUAGAUACGUGUAGUAGCACCACCCUAAACGAGGAACAUAGCCAUAGCGAGAAGCACCCUGUGACUUGGCAGCCGUCCAAAGAUGGAGACCGUUUAAUUGGCCGCAUUUUGCUAAACAAGCGAUUGAAAGAUGGAAGCGUUCCUCGAGAUUCAGGAGCAAUGCUUGGACUUAAGGUCGUAGGGGGGAAAAUGACAGAGUCGGGUCGACUUUGCGCCUUUAUCACCAAAGUGAAAAAAGGAAGCCUAGCAGAUACUGUUGGCCACCUCCGACCGGGUGAUGAAGUUUUAGAAUGGAGUGGACGGUUUCUACAAGGCGCUACAUUUGAGGAAGUUUACAAUAUUAUUCUGGAAUCAAAACCAGAGGCACAAGUAGAAUUAGUUGUCUCCAGGCCCAUAGGAGAUAUCCCAAGGAUACCUGAUAGCACACAUGCACAGCUCGAAUCCAGUUCUAGCUCAUUUGAGUCUCAGAAAAUGGAUCGUCCUUCUAUAUCCGUUACCUCCCCCAUGAGCCCUGGAAUGUUGCGAGAUGUUCCCCAGUUUUUAGCUGGACAAAUUUCAAGUGAAAGCCUUAAUAGAAGAACUACGCCUUUUAUCCCUAGGGUUCAGAUAAAACUUUGUUAUGACAAGGUUGGCCAUCAAUUGAUUGUCACUAUAUUAGGAGCAAAAGAUUUGCCACCAAGAGACGAUGGAAGGCCGAGAAACCCUUAUGUUAAAAUUUAUUUUCUUCCAGAUCGAAGUGAUAAGAACAAAAGAAGAACAAAGACUGUAAAGAAAACAAUAGAGCCCAAAUGGAACCAAACAUUCAAUUACUCACCGGUUCAUCGGAGAGAAUUUAGGGAACGAAUGUUGGAAAUAACACUUUGGGAUCAAGCUAGAGUUCGGGAAGAAGAAAGUGAAUUUUUAGGAGAGAUUUUAAUUGAAUUAGAAACUGCACUAUUAGAUGAUGAGCCACAUUGGUACAAGCUUCAAACACAUGACGUGUCCUCCCUGCCACUACCCCACCCUUCUCCAUUUAUGCAACGGAGGCAGCUGCACGGAGAGAGCCCAACACGGAAGUUACAGCAUAAAGGCUCAUAUUCAUAUAAUUCAGGAUCUAAGAGAAUAAGUGACAGCGAGGUGUCAGAUUAUGACGGCGAUGAUGGAGUUGGUGUUGUUUCAGAUUAUCGGCACAAUGGGCGUGAUCUACAGAGUUCAACGUUAUCGGUUCCGGAGCAAGUGAUGUCAUCAAAUCACUGUACCCGAUCAGGACCUCCUAAUGUAGAUAGUAUAGGAAGGACAAGGUCUUGGUCACCUAGUGUACCUCCUCCUCAAAGUAGGAGUAUGGAACAGGGACCCAGAGGAACAAGAUCUGGUCCUGCACAUUACAAUACCAUGGGCAGAGUGGAAAGGCAUCGUGUAAUAGAUAACCACUACUCCCCAGACAGAGAAAGUCAUUAUCUUACUCUACCUCGCACCAGAUUCAGUCAAUCCUUUGAUCAUCAUCUAAGAGAUCCAAGCAAGGAUCACCCAAUGUACCCUAUCUUUUGUGAAGAUGCAAUCCGUUUGCUACGCUCCCGUAAGAUGUGCCGUACCUAUUCUGAGGGUGCUAACAAUAAUCAUGAGAGGAGGACUAGACAGGAGAGACGAGUGCCUAAUAUGCAUUAUGGUGAAACUGACCAUUCUCCUGAAAGGUUGUACAAUGGUGCAAGUGCAUGGGCUGAUCAUGUAGCCAAUGGGCCAGCAGAGACCCAUGGGAAUUGUGAAUCGGCAGAUAGACAGCCAUAUCAAAGAUCCAGGUCAACAGAGCAACGGCCUGUUCUUGAGCGGACCAGCACCCGCUCCCGAUCCACUGAGCGGCCAGACUCAAACCUCAUGAGAUCGAUGCCUUCAUUAAUGACGGGAAGAUCUGCCCCUCCUUCACCUGCCCUAUCGAGGGCACAUCCUCGUACUGGCUCUGUUCAAACAAGUCCCUCAGGCACACCAUUAGCGGGUCGUCGGGGUCGACAGCUACCGCAGCUUCCUCCAAAGGGAACACUGGACAGAAAAGACGUGGACCAUCCACGGAGACGAAACCCAGAAGAAAAGACUGGAGGACAAGAGAAUGAUGAUGCAGGCGCAGUAGAUGGAGAUGAAAGAACGCGUCAGAUGAAAAUGAAGCUCAAUAAGUACAAGCAAGUUGGAGGAUCCGAUUCUAGACUAGAAAAGGAUUAUCGGCCAAAGCAUCGUUCAGGUCGGGAUCCGCAGAGGGGCUCGGACAACAUCUCCAACAAGUCAUCAGACAGUGAUGUGAGUGAUGUGUCUGCCGUAUCACGGACAAGCAGUGCCUCUCGAUUCAGCAGUACAAGCUACAUGUCUGUCCAAUCAGAACGACCGAGGGGGAACAAGAAAAUAAGGACAUCCAGGGAAAUAGAGGCUAGGUGGGAGAAUAAACAGGGAGGCCAGGGAGGGGAGCAUCACAGAGACUUGGGGUUCCCUGAAGAAGAUGAGGAGGAAGUUAGGCAGGAUGAGGAUAGUGAAAAGGUUACGGAAGUGCAGCCAACCAGUGAAAACUGCACCAAGACAGAAAGCAAAGAACCCGUAGAGGAAGAUAGUCUGCAUGAUGGAAAAGAGGAGGGAAGUCAAGAACAGGAGGAAAACCAAAAAGAGACCUUGACAAGGAGAUUGUCAGAGAAUGACAUCAGCAGACAGAUGGGGGCGUCUGGGAAGAAUAUGACCAAAAGUACCAGCAUCGGAGGUGAUAUGUACACUUUGGAGAAGAAUGAUGGAAGCCAAUCUGACACAGCAGUGGGCACAGUGGGCGCAAGUGGCAAGAAGAGACGAUCUAGUAUCGGAGCCAAAAUGGUGGCCAUUGUUGGCUUGUCAAGGAAAAGUCGAAGUACCUCACAGCUCAGCCAAACAGAGGUCGGGGGUAAGAAGUUGAAGAGUACGAUCCAAAGAAGUACUGAAACGGGUCUUGCUGUAGAAAUGAGGAACUGGAUGACUCGGCAGGCAAGCAGAGAAUCCACCGAUGGGAGCAUGAACAGCUACAGUUCAGAGGGAAACCUUAUAUUUCCUGGUGUACGGCUGGGAUCAGACAGCCAGUUCAGUGACUUUUUAGAUGGACUUGGUCCGGCACAACUGGUUGGUCGACAGACUUUGGCAACACCUUCCAUGGGAGACAUUCAGAUUGGGAUGAUGGACAAGAAAGGACAAUUGGAGGUCGAAGUUAUAAGAGCUCGUGGUCUUGUUGUAAAACCAGGGUCAAAGACACUGCCAGCACCAUAUGUAAAGGUGUAUCUUAUAGAGAAUGGAACCUGUAUAGCCAAAAAGAAAACAAAAGUUGCAAGAAAAACGUUGGAGCCUUUAUAUCAGCAGUUGUUGUCUUUUGAAGAAUCGCCGCAAGGAAAGGUCCUACAGAUAAUCGUAUGGGGAGAUUAUGGACGUAUGGAUCACAAGUCCUUCAUGGGUGUAGCUCAAAUACUUUUAGAUGAACUGGAGCUAUCCAACAUGGUGAUUGGAUGGUUUAAACUUUUCCCCAUUUCAUCUCUAGACCACACAUUGGCUCCUCUCACAAGAAGAGCGUCUCAAUCAUCCCUCGAAAGUUCCACAGGACCUUCUUAUGCUCGUUCAUAGCAUCUGUGAAAAACUGUUGUAUCUACAACCAGCGUUACAAAAAAAAAUGGAACCACAACAAAACUAAAUAUGACAGGUCGCAUACCCUGGUAAACACUGCAUGCUUGAUGUUGUGUCUUCUGGGCCUGUUUUAGGGAUACCAAGCAAUCUUGCGUUCUCAGUGGAAGUUGCACAUAUUGUGCACUAAAGAAGGCUCUCAGGUGAAGGAAUGGCGUCAAAAAAACAAAAACAAAAAAAAACAACGGGUUUGUAGACUACUGAAGCUCAGUUCUAGUUGAAUCUGAAGCCAUGGACUAUUGACAUUACAAAGAAAAAAAUAUAGAAAAAAAUAGGAAUAUUUCAUGCAACAGAAGUCAUCCUCAGUGGCAUAUCAUAUUGUUGCUACUUUUUUCUUUUCAUAUUUGCCCCCAAAGAUUGGGUACGCCCAAGAAAGAGAUUUAAAAUAAAAGCCGACUUAAGAUGGUAAGACUUGAGAAGAAAGUACAAUGAAAUGGACAGAACUCCAGAGCCCAGUGUUAUUAAAGAAGGUUGCUAAAGAAAUGAAAUGAAUGUACAGGCCAUUGCUUUGGAAAAGCAUAGAUAUGAGAAUAACCCACUAUUUGAUGAUUUCUCUACAGCUGAUUUUUUUUCGUGGUUAUUCAGUACUGCAAGAAAUUUAAGGAAAUGUUUUGAUUUUAUUUUACUUUAUUUUAUUUUAUUUGCAUGGACACAGAUCUAAGUGAACUCUGAAAAUCAUUUUCUUUGGGCUGCAAAUUGCAAAAAAUAAAUAAAAAAAUAAAAAAUGAAGAAGAAACUGACAAAAAAGAAACAGCCAUUUUCAACUAUUUAUAUAAUUUUUAAGAAAAUUAAAUUUCACUAGUGCAUGGUUUUAAUGGGGGAGAGAAUGCAAUGGCGUGAUACAAAGACAAACCACGUUUUUUUCAUUCUUAAAAACCAAUCAUGGUCUGUGUUUUUGCAGGCGUAUAUAAAAAAAAAGAAAAAAGAAAAGAAAAAAAAGAAAAAAAUACUUUCUAGCAAAUAUUUAAAAUUCUGUUUAUGUGAAAAGAAAUAAAUGUAACAUAUACAAUUUAUUUAAAUGUAAAAGUUACAGGCCUUGUAAAGUUUAACAUUUUGUGCAAAUUGUAUGUCUCUUUUUACCAUCCCUCUUCUCACCAAUCCCCAUAUUUUGCAUUGUGUCAGUCCGUCUCAUGUACCCCUAAUCAUAUUUUCUGACUCCAUGCCUAUUCUUCAAAUUCAUUGACUAAUCCAAAAAAAAUUACCCCUUUGUCCUUUGACUGCAUUUUUCCUCUGAUGUUUUGACAAGUUUUGCAGACUUUUUUUUCCUGCAUUCAUGGAUUGUUUGACAAAAAAAUUAAUUGUUCCACAGUUUGAUUGCCAGAGGGUUGAGCAAAGCAAUGUGUUACUUGCUCUCUGGCAUUUAAAUUAGUAACCCUGUAAGUGUUCAAGGUGCCAGGGCUGCAUCGCAGUCAGUACUUUUAAGUUUUUUUGCUGGCAGUCCUGAUACUUCUUUAAUAGCGAUCUUACUUCAAGCAUGUUCAAAAUACAUUUGCAACAUGGCUUGAGAUUACCUAAGAUAAUUCAGCAUGUAUUUGAUAUAGAAGAUAUUUGAACCUUUUGCAAUAUGUACAGUGCAUGGUAAAUAUUUUUUUUUCCACCAUCAAAUUGAGUCUUACAGCAAAAUACUGGAAUUAUGUGGCCAUUGUAAAUGUCUUCAAUAAAUUAUUUUUCAGCACCCAGCAUUAUUGAUUUAAGGGUGAAACUUUAAAAUUCCACAAGAAAACAUUAACUAUUUUUAAAGAAACGAGUUAAUUUUUUGCACUAUUUCAGAAUUUUAAGUCAUACCAGGUGAACUGCUUUGACUUACACUAUCAGUGCUCUAAAAGUUAGAAGGAAUGGUUUCUUGGUGCGUAAACUUAUAGGCCCCAAAUAUCUGGGUGACCAAAUCAAUGUUUUAUCAAUAUUUUUCAAAGUAAGCUAUGAUAUUUUAGAGCAGUUUGUAAACUUCUCGUCUCGAGUUACAAAACCAGGCUCAAAUGCCCUCUUUAAUGACUUUAAAACUGUUUUGGGCUUAGUAUAAUAAAUAACCCUAUAUUAAAAAAUAUAUAUUUUCC